CCGACAAGAAGAAGUGUGCAAUUUUCCUUUCCCUAUCGUCUCUCACUUUUUUCAAUUCCUCACCUCCUUUCCCUAAGUGACUCCAGUCCACUACGCGCUUCAAUCCCCGCUUCCACUCCUCUUCCGCCGGAACCCCUUUUCCUCCGCUGUCUUCAACAUGCCGACCGGCACCAGUAUUCACAUAUCAGCCCUUGACGGCAUCGUUAAUGUCAAUUCCAUGUUCACUCUUGCCGUCUUCUUAGGUCUGGCGUGGAACCCCAACGAUCCAAUGAAUAACCUAAUCCAAAGCCCUAAUUGUUUGGCUGGCCCUUCCGUCGCCGCGAAUCUCGUUUCCUUCCAUGUCUAUUCCUUCAGCUCCUUCCUCUUUUCCAGCUUAAUCGCUCUCGGUCUCAAGCAAGCCAUUAGGAUCGCCAAAAGCCCAUUCUAUCACCCGACUGAGUUCUUCAUUCGUGUCAACAAAACGGCGCUCCGAAUCGGGAUGUUGGUGUCGGGAAUCGGGUCGGUUUGUGGGUGUGGAUUCCUUAUGAUGGCGCUUAUCAAUGUUGUUCAGAUCAAACUUGGUACUCUGAGCUGCGGCAGCUCUCAGACAUUCGCGGCGGUGGUUCCACUCGUAAUUUUGGUUCCGAUUGCACUUGUGGUUUACAUCUGCCUUGUUUCUUACGCUUUUAUCAAUUAGAGAUAUUGCGUGUUUCCAUGAGUAUAUGCCAAUUCUAGAUUUCCAUUUUACGUUGCUUGUGGGAUACCAUUAUCGGAUAAACUCUGAUUCUAACUUCAAUUUUACUGAUUUAGAUAUGGUUAUCAUCAACCUUCUUGUUGGGAACUGUAUUCGAUUACAUUGAAUUGCUCCAGAUCUUAACAUUAUUACUUGUCUGUUCUA